AUGUCUGUGACAAAGUUGGCUCAGAAGAAUCAGGGUAAGCGGAGCGAAUCGAACGGACGCCUCACCGAAGUUGCUCAUGCUGACUGUGAUGCGCGACGAUAUAGUGCGAAGGAAGCAGUUGCUGCUAUGAUCAAGCGAUUGGCCCACCGGAAUGCCAACGUACAAUUGUAUACACUGGAGCUUGGAAACUCGCUGUCCCAGAACUGUGGAGUCAAGAUUCACCGCGAGUUGGCCUCCAGAAGCUUUACUGAUGCGCUGUUGCGUCUGGCUGCUGAUCGGAACACACACCAACAAGUGAAGUCGAAGAUUCUGGAGCGCAUGGAAGAGUGGACGGAGAUGUUCUCUUCUAACCCGGACUUCGGUAUUAUGGAACAGGCUUACAUGAAAUUAAAAACUACCAGUGAGCACUAUCUUUCUGGCACAAUGUGCAAGAUAAACUCGGCUAAAACUAUCGCAGACCCCAAUCUCCAACCCCCAUCCAAACCCGGCAAGCGCGAGAUCACCGAUGUUGACCGCCAGAUGGAAGAGGAGGAGCUACAGAUGGCGCUUGCUCUCUCAAUCAAGGACAAGACAGUUCCAGGACCCGCACCAUCCCAGGCUGCGGGCGCAGCAGCUCCUCGGACCGAGUCCUCUUCUGCCGCUGCCGUGUCUGCACCUGCCCCUACGAACCAAGCGGAGCCUGCCGAGGCCCAGGCCGUCCUCUCUGGAACAUCGGUUGCGACUGUAUCCCGUGUGAGGGCAUUGUUUGAUUUCCAGCCAUCUGAGUCCGGUGAGCUGCAGUUCCGCAAAGGAGAUAUCAUUGCAGUCUUGGAGUCGGUGUACAAAGAUUGGUGGAAGGGUUCCCUGAGAGGUCAGACCGGUAUCUUCCCUCUCAACUAUGUGGAGAAGCUUCCCGAUCCAACCGUGGACGAACUUCAGCGAGAGGCUCAAAUGGAAGCGGAUGUAUUCGGUCAAAUUAAGAGCGUGGAAAAGCUUCUCACUUUGCUGAGCACCCGCAACUCCGAUCUUAAUGUUCAGGAAAACGAAGAAAUCACGACACUUUACCAAGCUACGCUUGCGAUUCGCCCUAAGUUGAUCGAACUUAUUGGGAAGUACUCGCAAAAGAAAGACGAAUUCACUCAGCUCAAUGAGAAGUUUAUCAAAGCUCGUCGUGAUUAUGAAUCUCUUCUGGAAGCAUCGAUGGCCCACCCUCCCCAGUCUCAAUACGGACGACCUGUCCAACCGCAAUAUGGCUAUCCCGGUGCUGCGCCUGCUGGUUAUCCACCUGCCCAGGCCGACCCACGAUACUUUACCCCCCGGCCUCAGGAAACUACUCCCACGCCAGCGGCCGCACCAUACGCGCCAUACCCGGGCAGCGAACAGACAAUUCCCUACAGACCUGCCUCUCACUCGCCUGAUCCCCGAAACCACGCUCAAGCCGGGGUGCCACCUGUGCAGCAGCAAACUCCACAGCCCGAUCCUUACCAGGGUGGAGUUGUUCACCACCGCCCCCAGUCUACAUUCGACCACCCCCAAGAACUAGGAACAUCUGUCUAUGAUUCACCCGUCGAUCAGCCCGCUCCUGCUCAGCGUUUGCCUUACCCUCAAGCCGGCCAAGCUCCUCCUGCUAGCCACCAGCAAUUCCAACCCCAACAGCAGGACUACUCUCCUUCAGCAUACUCCCCUGAAGACCCGCCCCAAGCCCCACCAGCAUCUAUCAUGCCUCAAAUCCCACACCAAUUCCAACAACAGCACCAAGCCCCUUACCCCAACUCCCCCGAUGCCCAACAACCACCAUCACACCAACCCCCUCCAGUUCCUAGCGCUGCUCAGCCCCAGUACACAUCCUACACACCCCCUGCACCUGCUCCAGCGGGCGAGUAUCAGGCCUACCAGCCCCAGGGUGGAGCAGUUGGCUCAAAUCCGGCUUCCUUCUACCGGUAG